UGAUAACACGUAUACACCUGCAUAUUAUUGAGGUUAAAAUACUAUUAACGAGUGUUUUCGAGAUAAUUGAAACUAAGCUGCUAUCCACUUAUAAAAUAGAACAUCUCCAACAAAUACUGCCAUAAAAUGCGUGUAAAGUUGAAGUAAACAAUGUUUUAUAUUUCUCUGUGUCUGUGUUUAUUGUUCGUGUCUACAUAUGGGGCAAACAUUUUAUGUAUCUUUAUGACCCCUAGUGUCAGCCAUCAAAUUGUUUUCCAACCGGUAUGGAAAGAACUGUCUUUGAGAGGCCAUCAAGUGUCUGUAUACACGCCCAGUCCUAUAAACGACAAAUCUCUAACUAACUUGACCGAACACGAUUUGAGUUUUAGUUAUGAAGUAUUUAGAAAUGCCAGUAACUUUGAAAUAUCCGAUAGUGCAUCAGAUGAGAACGUUAUGAAUGUGAUUUUGGCACUUAACGAAGCAGCCGAAUCACAACUUAACCAUUCCUUCCUACAGGAUGUAAUCAAAAACGUUAAUAACGACACGUACGAUUUGCUGAUUGUGGAAUUCAUGUGGCAGUCGUUCUACGCCUUCAAGGAAGUCUAUAAAGUUCCUAUGGUUGGACUGUUGUCUAUACCGAUUAGUACUACUAUGGCGGAUGCUCUGGGUAUCGACAAACAUCCGGUAGUUCAUCCGGAUGUUUUCCUGAAGUUUUCGUUCGCCAGAAAUUUUAAGGAAAGAUUAGAGAGCUGGAUAUUUUCUUGGGCGUAUAGGUUAUUUUUUAGAUACAAAAUUGCACCUGUUUUCGAUAAACAGAUAAAAAAGUAUUUUAGCGAUGUUACGAAAUCCUCCAACCAGUUAGUGAAAGAAGUAGAAUUAGUUAUUGGAAGUUCUAAUUUUGCUCUAGAUAAUGUGAAGGCAAGAAAUGGAAAAUAUAUCCCUGUUUCUUCUUUGCACGUUCAACCUAUACAGCCUUUACCAAAAGAUUUAGCAGAGUAUCUAGAUAAUCUAAAAACAGAUGUGAUAUAUUUUAGUUUAGGAACAAAUGUAAAAUCUUCUAAAAUACCCAAGGAGUCAAUGGAUAUUAUAAUAAAAGUUCUAGCAGCCCUGCCUUAUAGUAUUCUCUGGAAAUCCGACCUUAUCAAUUUGCCAAAAAAUAUUCCCAAAAAUUUCCAUAUUCGGAAAUGGUAUCCUCAACAAGAUCUUUUGGGACAUGCGAAAAUAAAGCUAUUUAUAACACAAGGAGGUUGUCAAUCUAUUGACGAAGCAGUGGAUAGAAGGGUUCCUAUGUUGAUAAUGCCGGUGUAUGGGGAUCAGCCAAACAAUGCUGAUAAAUGCGUCAGCAGAGGCAUCGCCGAAAGGAUUAAUAUUUAUGAUUUUACAAGCGACGAGCUUCGAACUAAACUGGACACACUUUUAAAUAAUUCAUCGUACAAGGCGAACAUAAUAAAACUAGCAGAAAUAAUGCGAGACCAGCCCCUGUCAGCACUAGACACAGCAGUAUUUUGGAUUGAAUACGUCAUCAGGCACAAAGGGGCGUCGCAUUUGCAACCGGCAACUUUAACGUUACCUUUCUACCAGUAUUAUUUGUUAGACGUUUAUCUUUUUGUCGGUUUCAUCUUUUACAUAUUCGUUUAUAUAAGUAAAAAGAUUGUUUCUAGUUUUUCAAAACGGUUUAAAGCAAAGAAAAAACAGAAAAGCAAUUAAUAAAAGAGUUUGAAAAUG